AUGCCCUCAGAGGAGGCCGUAGAGGCUAAGCUGCGGAAGGUUGAAGAGGAGUUGGACAAGGAGAAGGUCUCAAGCCGAGAAUUACGAACAACAGUUGAGGACAGGGACAGGGUGGUGGCGCUGGAGGCAGCAGGGAGGGAGCGAGAGAUCGAGGAGCUGAGGAGGGAGCUUAACAAGGCGAAGGAAGAGGCUCAUAAGCAUAGGAAGGCUCUGAGAAUGGUAGAAUUGGAGGUCACUAAAGACAUAGAGCGGAUGGUGACGGAGCACGGUAAGCAGCGAAGUAAGCAACAAGAAGAGCAUGAGGCGGAGGUGAAGGCGCUGAGGGAUGUCCAUGAGAAGGAAGUGAAUCGGCUGAAGGAGGAAAUAGCCGGCAAGGAGAAGGAGGUCGUGGGCCUAGCUGCAAGUGUGGAACAUGAAAUGACCAAGGCUAGGGAAUUCAAGGUGAUUUUUUGGUCUACACAACGUGUUAUCUCGACUAUCGACGAUCAGGAGGCGACUUCGGCUCUGAGGAAAGAUCUCCUCGUGGCAUGCAAGCAGUUGGAGAAGGAGGUCCAACAAGAGGGAAUACUGCAGAAGAAGGUGCAGGGGCUCCAAGCGGAGCUCGAGAGGCUCAAGGUGGAGACCGAGAGUGAGAGAGGGGAGAGGAGUAGACGAAUGGAGGAGUAUGAAGCAAUGGUAUCGGAGCUGAGGAAGAAAGCGGCAGAUGCUGAGAGGGCGAGAGAGGCUGCGGAGGCUAUCCGAUGUAAUUAUGAUGAGAAUAUGAAAGGUGCCCGUCGACGCGAAGAAGAGCUGGAGAGCAAGGUAAAGGGUCUAGAGGAGCUGGUACGGAAACACGCAAUCGAAGCAACAGUGAAGGAGAGGAUGGUAGCAGACAGCGCAGAGCACGUGAAGGCUCUGAAGAAGCAAAUACAGGGCCUAGAGGCCGACCUGGAGCAGUGCCAGAAGGAGAGGAAGAAGCGAGACAGGGAUUGGCAGUCCUUACUCGAUGAAGAGGUUAGUAAGGCUGAUCGAGCCAGGGAUAAACUCGCACCUACAGAAGAGAAGUUGGCUGCGGCAGAGGGGGAGGUUGAAAGGCUCCGCGAGGAAGUAUCACAGAAAGAUGAAUCGUUACGGUAUGUCACUUCUGAGGUGGAAGAGAUGCGGAGAGCAAUGCAGGAGGAUACUGAUAUCAAAGUGGCAGAGGUGGAAAGAAGACUCAACCGUGAGCAUGAGAAGAGUCUGUUAGAGCUCGACAGGAGAAUAGAAGAGGCACAGCAGCGGAACGAUCGAGAAGUGGCCAGGCUGUCCCGUGAUCGGGAGGCUAUGAAGCGUAGGGCGCAUGUGGCAGAGGAGCGUGUGAAACACGUGGAAAAGGAGCUGAGGACUGUUCUCAACGAAUAUGAGCAUUUGAAAGUUCAAUGCGAAGCGAAGAUGCGACGGGCGGCCGAUCUACUCCUUGAGAGCGGCCUGACAUGA